ACGUACACAUUUCAAACAGGAAAUCACCGGUCGCCAUUGAAAAGAAGCAUCUAGCGGAUUUAUUAUACGACUUCACAAUGCUUUCUAUGUUUAAGUCCAUCCCGACUCAUAUGGACUAUAAAGGGCAGAAACUCGCAGAGCAAAUCUUCCAAGGGGUAAUUCUGGUGUCAGCGGUCAUCGGCUUCAUCUAUGGCUUAUUAAUUCAGCAGUUUGGCUGGACCGUCUACAUAAUGUUAGCCGGAUUUGCAUUAUCCUGUUUGCUCACGCUUCCUCCCUGGCCAGUGUACAGGAGAAAUCCUCUCAGCUGGCAGCCUCCUCUUCCUGAGACAUCAGGAGAGAAUCGUGAAAAACCUCAGGAGAACCUCAAGAAAAAGAAACACAAGUGAUUUACAUGCAUUGUUAGUUCAGAUUUGGCACAGCAAACCCAUGUGGAUAUACAUCAGAAACAUACAACAUCUAUAUAAAAAUCCAUACAUUUUGUCUAUUUACUACUUGAAGAUUUUGAAUAUGUAUUAAAUACGUCUGCUCUGUGUUUGGUA